CAAGUUUCCAACAGUCUGACCUUAGUAUGAUAUCAGCCCACAUACCCAUCUGCAACCGCCAUGCGGUGAGAGGUUCCCCAUAAUUGACUGCGCAACCUUAGGUUCUCUUGAUCACCAUGGCAGUGUCUUAUGGGAUCCAUGAUUAUAUUGAAGCGGGGGUGAUCACUGCAGUGAUCCUCCUCAACAUGAUCGUAGGUUUCAUUCAGGACUACCGCGCGGAGAAAACUAUUCUAUCCCUUCACCGGUUAUCUGCUCCAGUAUGCAAGGUCUUACGGAAUGGCCGCGUUGCCUCUGUAAAGGCCGAGUCUCUGGUUGUGGGUGACAUCGUACAACUAGUUGUGGGGGAUAUUGUUCCUGCAGACAUGAGGUUGUUCGAUGGCAUGAACGCAUCAAUGGAUGAAGCACUGUUAACAGGCGAAUCUCUCCCUGUAGUAAAGACGCCGCAUGUCACUCUCACCUCACUGGAUAUCCCUAUCGGCGAUAGAACCAACAUGGCUUACUCUGGCUGUAGCACAACUCAAGGUCGAGCAACCGGGGUCGUCACUGCAACAGGGAUGAUGACAGAGGUUGGGAAGAUUGCACAGCUUCUCCAGGAUAGACCUGAAUUUGAUGACUCAAACCUCUUCAUCCGCACGUUCAAACGUUCAAGUGCCACAGUAAAGAAUCUCCUUGGACUCGUUGGGACCCCAUUGCAGGUUAAAUUGAGCAAGUUUGCAUUGCUCCUUUUUGCGCUGGCAAUACUCCUGGCUAUGAUUGUGUUUUCUGUGAACAAAUGGGAUGUCCAGGGCGAAGUCUUGAUAUAUGGAAUAUGUGUUGCAGUCGCGGUGGUGCCUGAAUCAUUAAUUGCAGUGCUCACCAUAACAGUAGCUGUUGGUACCAAGGCAAUGGCAAAAGGCAACGUAAUCGUUCGCAAGCUGCAGUGUCUUGAAGCAGUCGGCGGAGUCACAAAUAUUUGCUCUGAUAAAACAGGAACGCUAACACAAGGGAAAAUGAUUGCACGCACUGCAUGGAUUCCAGAUGUUGGCACCCUGACUGUUCACCAGACAACCAACCCGUUUGAUCCCUCGAGUGGACUGGUUCAACUCGAUGGCAAAGCGUGUGACCUAAAUGAGCUCCAAGAGAACGACGACAUGAACGCAUUUUUAACGGCUAUUUCCCUCUGCAAUCUCUCACUUGUACACAAUGAUGUGCACUCUAACUCUUCGGGCAAAGAACCUGACCAGGUUUCCGAGGGUAACUGGACUGCUGUUGGAGAACCUACCGAGAUAGCGCUUCGAGUUCUUUCAAUGAGAUUUGGUUAUGACAAGCCAAGUAUUAUUCAAGACAGAGAUCUACAGCUUCAUACAGAAUACCCCUUUGAUUCUUCAAUCAAGCGGAUGACUGUUGUAUACACAAAUCGGCGAGCACAAGUUAAUGAAGUCUUUACCAAAGGAGCGCCUGAAACGAUUCUUGCUAGUCUCAACAUCGACGAGAAUGAUAAAGAACACCUCCGAGAAACCGCGGACAGGAUGGCUGGCGAAGGUCUGCGUGUACUUUGCGUUGCAUACAAAAUUUCUCCCAUCAUCGACAAAGACCAAGUAUCCCCGCGAAAUAUGGCCGAGACUAAUCUCAAAUUUGCUGGCCUAGUUGGGCUGUAUGAUCCCCCUCGUGUCGAGACAGCUGCUGCUGUCCGCAGAUGUCAAAUGGCUGGAAUCACGGUGCAUAUGCUCACGGGAGAUCACAUUCGCACCGCAACAGCAAUUGCGGCCGAAGUCGGCAUUCUCGAUCCCUUUAUCCACGCCAAGUCGAGUCGACUGGUCAUGGCGGCUGAAGAAUUUGAUCGGUGGACGGAUGACGCCAUAGACGCUAUAGAGCAGUUACCUUUGGUGAUCGCUCGGUGCAGUCCUACGACAAAAGUUCGAAUGGUAGAAGCAAUGCAUCGACGAGGAGCAUUUUGCGUUAUGACCGGCGAUGGAGUUAACGACUCACCGGCGUUGAAACGUGCCGAUGUGGGUAUCGCCAUGGGAAAGAACGGCAGCGACGUAGCCAAGGAAGCCGCCGACAUGGUCCUGACCGAUGAUAACUUUUCGUCGAUUGUAAAAGCUGUGGAGGAAGGUCGCCGCCUAUUUGACAAUAUUCAGAAGUUUUUGAUGCACCUGUUAAUAUCCAACAUCGCCCAGGUCAUUCUACUUCUAAUUGCACUAGCAUUCAAAGAUGAAGAAGGUAAUUCAAUUUUCCCGUUGUCGCCUCUAGAAAUACUUUGGGCCAAUUUGAUCACUUCGUCCUUCCUUGCGUUGGGUCUGGGCUUGGAAGAAGCUCAGCCCGAUAUCAUGUACCGCCCGCCGCAUGAUUUGAAGGUGGGAGUAUUCACACGAGAGCUUAUCAUGGACAAGAUGAUAUACGGUACCUUUAUGGGUUCGCUAUGUUUGGUGGCAUUCGUGAGCGUGGUUUACGGAGCUGGAUCAGGUACCUCCGACCUAGGCCACGACUGUAACGAAGGAUGGAAUGAAAGCUGUGGCACCGUCUUCGAGGCACGCGCCACCACGUACGCAACCCUAACUUUCCUUUUACUUGUUACGGCCUGGGAAGUGAAACAUUUUUCACGGUCGCUCUUUAACCUGGACCCGAUCCGGUACCCAGGGAAGCUAUCGGUAUUCCACUCAGUCUGGCAAAACCGGUUUCUUUUCUGGGCAGUAAUCGCAGGGUUCGUGAUCACGUUUCCGGUAAUAUACCUCCCAGCCGUGAAUCGGAUUGUUUUCAAGCAUCGCGGUAUUAGUUGGGAAUGGGGGGUUGUGUUUGGGUGUGUAGUUGUAUAUGUGGCACUGGUGGAAGGCUGGAAAGCCACAAAACGGGCAUUUGGAAUCGGCACAGGGAAGAAUGCCACUCUAACGGAGGAGGAUGCUGAGAUGAGGGCGGGCUUGAGGCUUCUCACCCCGCUGUCACUCAGUGCAAAUGCAAGUGUUGAGAUGCAAAUGAAAAAGUAAGCAUGUUGGAGAGAGAUUGAGGCUGGUUUACCGAACGAUCUAUAUACAACAACAUUCGGCGACUUUCAACAACGCCUGGAAUUAGUCGGAAGCGGGGGUUUUUCUAAGAUUUGACGGCUGAUUUCAACACAGCCUUGUUGGGAAUUCUGUUUUGUUUUGCUAUACGGAGUAUACCGACCUUGUUCACUCAUCCUAGAGAGGAUAACCGCAUCCUUGCAUAAUAUUCUUGUUGAAUUUGGACGUGUCUCGGUGUCAUACAGGUGUCUACACCGAUACU